CCACCUCAAGUUGAGCUUGGUCGUCCUUCGUUUCUUCCACUCAAAACAUACCCAGAAGCACACCACACCCUUGUUCAAACCACUUUCAAAGAAUCUCCAAUACCCAAGCCAUCACCACACGCAAAAAAUAUGUUCACAAUCUUCAAAAUCGUCCGUGCCAGCGUCCUCACGGCGCUGGCAACGGCCGUUUCUGCCAUACCGGCUCCCGAGCCGCAGGCUGCUACGACUCCCAAUCUGUCUUCUGUCGCGGCGUUCCAGCCCUCUCUGGCAUUCUCGCCGCUCCCGCCGCAGGCCUCCCUUGGCCCGCUCCCGCCGCCCGAGUGUGAGCCACGGACUCUUUGCGUUGAGGGAGCCAACAAAUGCGGCAAAUGGGAAGGAUGCUGGGACACCUGCAAGCCCUGGAUGAGCCCGACCGAGCCAGUGUGUGCGCCUUCUUCGACAUUGGUUCCGGCCGUGAACCCCACCGUUGCCCCUAUCCCCACGCCAGCCAUAUGUGAGCCCGGCAUCAUGGUUUGUCGGGCUCACAGCUACCAUACUGACCUCUUCCAAGAUGCUACGACACUUGCACUCCCUCGCUGGAGCCCACGGCGCCCCCUUGUCUGA